AUGGAUGGUAUGAAGUCGUGCAACUACUGUAGACCCCCAGACUCCCUCCCGAGAAUGAUGAACGCGAAACGAUUAGCGUGCGACCGAUGCCACGCAAUGAAAAUGCAGUGCAAGACGGAUGGCUCCGGGGACUCGGGGGACUCCGGGCAGGGUUGCGCCCGUUGUCGAAAGGUCAAGGCUCCUUGCAAUGAUAGCGAACCCUGUUGA